AUGGGUCGUGCUCGCGGCGGAAGGCUGCUCCCUGUCCUCGCCGCGCUGUUCGUGGCGCUGCUCCUCAUCUCCGGCUGCGCGGCGGAAGGGGAGGACGAGGAGGGCUCGCCGGUGGUGGCGGCGGAGGAGCCGGAGGCGCCGAUGGAGGACAAGCAGAAGGCGGCCCUGUACGCUGCCAUCGGGAGCUUCGUCGGCAAGGCGUGGAACGGCUCCGGCCUCUUCCCCGACCCCUGCGGCCAGACUCCCAUCCAGGGGGUGUCAUGUGACCUCUUCAAUGGCGUGUGGUACCCAACGGUGGUCAGCAUCGGUCCGGUGCUCGACAACUCGCUGCAGUGCGCCCCGGACGCAAGGUUCAGCCCCCAGCUGUUCGACCUCCGGCGCCUCAAGAGCCUCACCUUCUACGCCUGCUUCCCGGCGGCCAACCCCACGACGAUCCCGGCCGCUAGCUGGGACAAGCUCUCCGGCACCCUCGAGACGCUCGAGUUCCGCUCGAACCCGGGCCUGUCCGGCGCCAUCCCGGCGUCCCUCGGCCGCCUGGCCAGCCUGCGGUCCCUGGUCCUCGUCGACAACAACCUCACCGGCGCCGUGCCGUCGGAGCUCGGCGGGCUGGCGAAGCUGCGGCGGCUCGUGCUGUCCGGGAACGGGCUGUCGGGCCCGGUGCCGGCGACGCUCGGUAACAACAACCCCCAACUACGCCGCCUCGACAACGAGCAGCUGCUGAUCGUGGACAUGAGCAAGAACUCUCUAACCGGGUCUCUGCCUCCGUCGCUAGGUGGGCUCAAGGGGCUGCUCAAGAUGGACCUCAGCAACAACCGCCUCGACGGCCGCGUCCCGCCGGAGCUCGCCGGCCUCGAGAGCCUCACGCUGCUCGACCUCCGGAACAACAGCCUCACCGGCGGGCUCCCCGAGUUCGUGCUGGGCAUGCCGGCGCUGCAGGACCUGCUGCUCUCGAGCAACCCGCUGCUGGGAGGCACCCUGAUGCAGCGCGGCUGGGAGAAGAUGGCGAGCCUGGCCACGCUGGACCUGUCCAACGUCGGCCUCGCCGGCGCCAUCCCGGAGUCCAUGGCGGCGAUGCCCAGGCUGCGGUUCCUGGCGCUGGACCACAACCGGCUCUCCGGCGCCGUGCCGGCCAAGCUGGCCGCGCUGCCGAGCAUCGGGGCCAUGUACCUCAACGGCAACAACCUGACGGGCGCGCUGGAGUUCUCGGCCCGGUUCUACCAGAGGAUGGGCAGCAGGUUCGCCUCCUGGGACAACCCUGGAUUGUGCACGGCGGAGACGGCCGGCGGCGCGCCGACCGGCGUGGCCGUGUGCAAGGACGCGCAGGAACCGCCUCGCGUCGGCGUGAGGGACGGGAUGGAUGCGGGUGGGGGGAAGCCUGAGGCGAGCUCGAGCUUCCCGGCGUCCUCGUCGUCGUUUGGCCUCUCGGGUCACAAGGUCGCCGGCCUCUGGUGCUUGGUGAUGGUGAUGGUGUUGUAG